UAUUCAUUCACUUUCAAAGAGGACAAUCAAACCGAGAGCGUUUGAGUGUGUCAUUAUUAGUGUUAUUACAGCGUUAUUAUUAUUAUUUUGGUAAUUUCAGCGCUGUUUAGGUGCGGGGUGAUUUAUUUCUGCGAUCUCUGUACUCAAGAUGGCGCCCUGGAAUCAAGGGUUUGUUUCCCAGGCCAGAUUAUUCAACCAAGAGCCAAAAAAAGAGCGGGUUACAAGACUUUCUAUGUUACUUUGUCGCUCUGUUACAAAUAAACACGAGCGUUAUUCACCGGAAACAGUUCCCACGCAGGACUCACAUCAAACUAAAACUCUUACAGCACUCGCAUAUAAAGCCAAGUCAGAUAACAAGGACACCGUCCAUUAAUGAAACACACUUUUUAAAGCGUACAUAGUCAGAGCAGAUGUUUGUUUCGGAGUGGACUUCGUCUGUUGGUGAUGUGAUGAAGCAGGAAGAGAGGCGGGGGAUGAGGAGGUGCUCGGCUCCUCGAGGCUCAGAUGAUCGUGGAGUUCGGUCAUCGCUGUUCUCGAGCUCGAGCGCGUCUGAGGAAUCUGUCGUUAUGGUGAUUAAAGUUUACAUCGCGUCGUCCUCCGGAUCCACGUCGAUCAAGAAGCAGCAGCAGGAUGUGAUGGGCUUCUUAGCAGCCAAUAAGAUAGAGUUUGAGGAAUGUGACAUCGCAGCAGACGAGGACAACAGGAAGUGGAUGCGAGAACACGUCCCUGAUGAUUUCCGGCCGGCCACAGGGAAUCCUCUUCCUCCUCAGAUCUUCAACGAGGACAGAUACUGUGGGAACUACGAGGCGUUCUUCUGUGCUCGUGAGGACAAUGCCGUGUAUGCGUUCCUGGGCUUGACGGCGCCUCCAGGCUCCAAGGAGGCAGAAGCGCUGUCUAAGAAAACACAGAUGUAAUCGAGAGAAGCGGCUCUAGCAGAGCUGAAGAACUCCCGCACUUUCUGAUGACUGAGUUCCUUUUUGUGUUAUUUUCUUUGCAUCCAUGAAAUGAUGUGAUGUGAUGAGCGUUAAGAGUUAUUUGUCCAUCUCUCCAAACUGAAUAGAAAGCAUUUCUCCAUCUGUCCAAAUAGCCUAUGAGCAAAGUAGAUUAAUCGUGCCUUUUUUGUUAGGUUUAUUCUUGAAUAUGUCUUCAGCCUUAAAUUAAAGUACUAAAAGGUCUUAAAUUGGAGCAGAAAGUCUUAAAUUCAAAAUAAGAACAAAAAGGAAUAUCUUUUGUAAUUCAAUAUUAAUAUGAAUUGUUUGUUUUCUAAUACAACUGUUCUUCAAAUUUACUUAAAGCUGCAGUCCAUAAGUUUAGCCUCUUUGCAGUUCCUUACAGAAUUAUAUUGUGGAUUAAUCUAAUGUUUAGAGGGGAAUGUGUGUCUGUCGUGUGAAUCCUGUAUUUAGUGAUCACAGGUUCUAGUCUACGUCUUGGAAUAUAUGACUCAAAUAAGAUAUUGUCAUCUGAACAAGUAAGUAAUAGGUCUGCCACACUUUGCUCUGACCAACUGAGUGAAAAAGCAUUACAAUAAAUCCUGCUACCAAUGGUGAUUAAGUCAAAUGAACAUUUAGCUCAUAUCAUAUCAAACCCUGCUAAUUAUUAUUAUUGUUCUGCUUUAUUCUCAAAUUAUUAUUGUUAACAACAUCAGUAUUGAGUGACAGUGAGUAUAGUGUGUAUUGGUGUGUAUAGAUUGCCGGGACGUCUUCUUUAUUUUUACACACAUGACAGAAUGACGCAGUACCCGUACCACACAAAUUAGAAAACUUUAUUACAAGCUAACCGCUGUGAAUCAGGCUAAAGUAAGGCCAUACGUUUGAACACUGGCUGGUUACGUACAUGCUCAAAUACCGAUUUUGAAUAAUUUGUAACAAAAAAAAGUUACGGACUGCAGCUUUAAGAUGUGUUUUCCUUUUGAUACAGUUUUUCCGAGUCCAUUGGCAGUUAUUUGUCCCAUUUUUUUUAUCAGUAGGCUACAAUUCAGUGUUUUUUGAUAAAUUUGUCAAAAAAGAAGACUUCUUAUAAAAUGUUAUUUUUACGUCUUGAUUUUAUAUCUUAUCUUUUUAGCAUUGGAAAGCAAGCUUAAAUUCUGCAGAAAAGCAGCAGUGAGAUCAGAAUACAGUAGAACAAAUAUAUGUGGUCAGGUACAAGUAUUUCCAAGUGUUUUUUUUUUUAUUUUUAAUAAACUGAAUUAAAAAAAUGA